AGGAAAGGUUGGAAAGUGUUCUUCUCCCUCCCGCAAAACCGGUGCGGGGGGGUGGAAGCACGAGAUCCUUAUUGUGGGUAUAAGAAACUGCAUGGACCCUGGAAGUGAGCACGCUUUUGCGAUUCAAAGAGUUUGGCGCGUUGUUUUGAGGUGAAAGUGAGAAGUGCUUGUAGAAAGCUGGUUUGUCAUAACACCUUAGAGUUUUGACCAGUAACUCCACUGACACCUCUUUUUUAUUUUUAUUUUUUUUCCUGCAUUACUCUCUAUUUAUUUCGUGCGGAUCCUGCCCCCUCGGUCUCCGCGGCGCUCGCUAGGAGGCUGGGCCGGGUGGUGCGGGGUCGGGGCGCCGGAGAGGCGGGGCCCGGACCCGAGAGCGGACGCCCCAGCGGCCACCCCCUCACUUUCUUCCCGCGAGAUCCAGUGACACCUCUUUUGACGCCGGUCUUAAAACAGCUUUAGAAUAUCUCUGGAAACAUUUGAAUAAAUACUUUAAAAGUUUAACGUACAUCCGGUAAGGUCGGAAUGCAAGAUGGUAAAAGUAAGCCUAACAAAAUAAAUCGGCAGAUUGUGCCCUAUGAACAAAAGUGUAAACGUGUAAUUGGAAGUUCUAGGUUCCCAAAUUUAAGAGAGAAGGCCCUUGCAGUUUUUGCAUUUGGAAAUUAAACGAUUUUUCAAACUCCCUUCACCACAACCUAGGCAAUACUUAUGUGUUUGGAAAUAGGGAAAAACUGAGCAUAAAGUUGAACCAUUCACCAAUCCUGACUAGCCUGCUAGGCUCGGUGGCUUUUUUAUCCUUAACCAAAGGAUGACGUAAGUUUGAAAAACAUAAAUCCUCAAUAAAUUAUUUAUUAAUUUGAUAAUUCAACAAAGUAAUCCAGGCAAAUGGUAGUGACUGUAGAUUGGGAAGGUUAAUAGAAAUAAAUAAUUGGAAUGCUGGGUUAAGUUAAUAUUUAUCCUGGACGACACUGGUCCAUUUGCUAUAGGGAGUAUUGUAGAACCAUAAAUGGACUCUUCUAGAAGUAUGUGUAAUCUGUGAAUAUAAACACUAACACGCUUGAAACCAUGGUUAAGACUAAAACAGUAAAACGAAUAGGUAUUUAAUUAUGAGAGAUUUAGACUAAAGAUUUUAGGAAUUUAAAAAAUAGAUGAAUGGUUAGAUAGGAAAGGUUAGGAGAGAGAAACGCUUGCAAGGACAAACUACUGAAGUGGUAAGGAGCAUGACCUAUUUGCAGGGAAGUGAACUUGAUCCUACUAGAGCAGGGGAGUAUUGGCUAGGUAAAGUGGGUUCAGGCUAUGGAAGACCUAGAAAGUCAAGCAGAAGAAUUUGAAGUCACUGUGAUUGGACAUCUUUUCCAUCCCCACCCCCUAACAGACCCGAGGAAUUAGAAGAAUAUGGACCAGAGUAACGAUCUAAGGAAUGGAAAGAAAGCAUGGGUUAUGAAAAUCAUUUUUAAAGGAUAAAUGGACAGGACUUGGACAAUGAGAAGCCUUCCAUCAUUCAACAGUUAGGAACAAGAAAUAUCAAAAAAAUUGGUGAUCACCUUCAGAUCCUGUAUAUUUUGACAUGGAUGUUUCUCAUGAAAAAUUAGAAAGCAUGUCAGAAGUGGAUGCCAUGAAUUUCACCAGUCUUUCUCAAGAUUUAACUCACUCAAAUUCUCCCUCCUGUAUGGAAACCAGCAAUACGACUUCAGACUUGUCUCAGAAUGAAAUAAAGAAUGUAAAAAAGGAAAAUGAGUCUAAAAUCACACUUUCUGAAGAAAUUUAUAGCACACUAGAUGAUGUGUUAGGUGAUGUCAACAGUGGAAAUUAUUCACAGGAUAUGCUAACUCGGCCAAUUGACACCAGCAUUUCUUCCUUCAGACAAUGUGAACCCAUUUUCAAAUAUCAUCAGACGAAAGCAUUUAAUGAUAAAAUGCUAACAUUUCAAAAUCUGAUAGGCAACUUACCUUACACAGAGAAGCCAGAAUUGCAAAGUCAUGUAUAUAAUUAUGAAAAAGACAGCAAUAUUAAGGAGGAUUCAUUUAAAGAAGAAAAUCCAGUGGAAACUAGUACUUCCACAAAUGAAGACCAACUUUCUCAUGAAUGUGAGUGGCAACCUCCUAGAAGCCCAUCUGAAAUCCACUGCAGUAGAGAGACACUGAAAUUCAUGGAAAUGCCACUAACUGAAAAUACUGCCAAAGAAUCUACCCUCAGCUCUGGGCAACCUGAAAACUUCUUGUGUAAGGAAUAUUUAUACAACAGUGUUGAAAAACCAUUUUAUCAAGAGAAUAGCUUUAACCUGUAUGAUCCGAGAGCUGAUUAUGAAACAAAGGAGGUUGCAGUUUCUUCAAAGGGGAUACAGAUUUCUGGGGACACUCCUGAUAUGUCAGUCAGUCACCAAAAGGAAGUCACAGUGGAGAACAUGGAAAGUCCAGGGAUUAUGUCAACUCGUUCUCCUGCUGGCAUUUCUUGGAGUUGUGGAGCAUCUUGGGAGGACUGCAGAACACAUGACACAGAGCAAGACUUGGAGUGCUUACAACCUCUGGAAGAGGAUAUGGCUUUAAAUGAAGUUUUACAGAAAUUAAAACAUACUAACAAAAAGCAGCAAACUCUGAUCCAAAAUUUGCAGUGUACUAACAUGUAUUUAGAGAAGAAGGUUGAAGAACUGCAGGUGAAGACUAACAAGCAGCAAGUGUGCGUUGGCAUCAUAAAUAAGCUAAAGGAGAAUAUCGAAGCAUUAAUUGAAGACAAAUACAGAGUAAUGCUAGAGAAGAAUGAAACAGACAAGACUUUGCAGAAUUUGCAUGACAUUUUAACUAACACCCAAAGACAUCUUCAGGAAUCUAGGAAAGAAAAGGAAACCUUACAAGUAGAGCUUAAGAGGACCAAGGAAAAUUAUGUUUGUCUAAAGGAAAAGUAUAUAACUGAAAUGCAAGAAAAAAACAAAAUUGUUAGUCGGUACACAGAGGUGAACAAAGCCUUAAGCAAGAAAGAAGAAGAGGUGGAGAGGCUGCAACAACUCAGAGGAGAGUUGGAAAAUGCCACCACUUCUGCUUUGGACUUAUUGAAAAGGGAAAAAGAGACCCAAGAACAAGAGUUCCUGUCUUUACAGGAAGAAUUUCAGAAACGUGAAAAGGAAAACUUGGAAGAAAGACAGGAACUGAAAUGUAGACUUGAGAAACUGGUAGCUCAACUUAAAAAUGUGCAAUUCAUAUCUGAAAGUGAAAGGGCUAAGAAUACAAAACUUGAGCAGCAAAUCAACGAAGUAAAAAAUGAAAAUGCAAAACUUCAGCAGCAGGUUGCCAGGAGUGAGGAGCAAAAUUGUUUCCCUAAAUUUGAGAUAGCUCAGUUGAAGGAGCACUUGGAGGCAGUAAUGAAGUCAGAUAUCACAAAGGAUGCGAAGAUAAUGCAGUCUAAUUGCUCACCUUGUAAAGAAGAGAGCCCAAAUCCCCCAGAUGUGAAAACAACUUCUCAGCCGCCUUUCAAAAUUCACUAUCUUCUGGCUCUGAUGGCAAGCCUUCUCACAAACCAGGAUAUCAGCAAUCCUGAUGCUGAACAUUUCAAAGAGAGUGAGAAAGUUAGUGAUACAAUGCUGCAAAAAUUGAAGAACUUUCAUCUUAAAAAGAAAAAUUUAGAUGAAGAGCUACAGAAACAUAAAGAAAGAAUUGCAACUUUUAGAGAGUUAAUUGCUAAUGAAAAAGCAUUUCAAGAUCAGGUUAUUGACGUUACAGACUUUGAUUCAAAUGAAACCAAGAAUGUCAGAGAUCCUACCUUAUUGGGAGCCAAACUGGAUAAGUACCACAGUCUAAAUGAAGAGCUUAAUAUCUUGAUUGAAAAAUUGGGAAAUCUUCUAGAGUUUAAAGAAGACCACUGCACCAGACUCAUUGAAGAAAAUGACAAGUAUCAAAGACAUUUAGGCAACUUAAUAAAUAAGGUUACAUCAUAUGAAGAAAUCAUUGAAUGUGCUGACCAACGGCUCAAGAUAUCCCGCUCCCAGAUUGCACAACCAAGAAGAUUAGAAUAUCAUCUAAAAUCCAUGCCUGAGAUGUCAGAUAUUUCAGAAGGAAAUGGAAAUGAUUUAGAUUAAACAAGACUGAAGAGUAAACAUUAAUCAUUUUUGUCAACCACUCCAGGAGCAGUCACUACUAAGCAUAGUACCCCGAUCAAUCCAUACAAAUGAUACAUUAAAAUUGUAUAAAUGGUGAAAUUUUACAUUCCAAAAAAUGUGAUUAUUUUCUAAUUUCGU